AUGAACUUGGUCAUUGCUCUUGACCAAAAUGCCCUUUGGUACGACUGCGACUCUCACUACAACUCAUCAUCCUACACUCCGGUGAGCUGCGACGAUUCCACUUACUGUCCAGGACAAGCUUCAGGAUGCUUUAACUGCCAUGGCGCUCCACAUAAGCCAGGCUGCACCGACAACACCUGCGGUUACUAUGCUGCUAACCCUUUCGUUAACGCCACACCCUUUUUCUCCGGUGACUUGGGUAAGGAUCUUUUGUACUUGCCUCAGGUUAAGAUUCCACGGAGAUUCCUCUCCGGCUGCGUCGUAUCGGAUCUCCGCCCUAACAUGCUCCCACUCCUUGGGGGUCUUGUUAAAGGCAGCAAGGGGAUGUUAGGGUUUGGAAGAAACUCGAACCUUGCAUUGCCAAUUCAAAUCUCAUCAAUUUACAAUGUUAUUCCCAAGUUUGCGAUUUGUUUACCGUCUUCGGAGAAAUCCAUUGGAAAUGUCUUCAUUGGUGGAACACCCUAUGGUCUCAACUCUGUUCCUAACCGCGUUGCUUUUGCUAUCCCUGCUGAUCCUGAUUCUAACGAAUACUUCAUUAAUGUCAACUCCAUCAAAAUCGAUGGCCAAGUUGUCAAAGUUUCCGGCAAGGGUUUCAAUGGCACCACCAAAUUCAGUACCUUGAGCAAUUUCAGUGUGUUGCAUGGUUCCAUAUACAAGCCAUUUGUUAAAGAUUUCGUGACACAUGCAGAAGCAAUGAAGAUGAAGAGAGUUGAAGCAGUGAAGCCUUUUGGAGCGUGCUUUGAUGGAAAAAGCAUUGGAAGAAAGAAUGGGGUACCGGAUGUGCCAGGUGUCAGUCUGGUAUUGGAUGAGAAUCAAGGAGUGAAUUAUGAGAUAAAUGGACACAACUCAAUGGUUGAAGUGAAUAAGGAUGUGAUGUGUUUGGCAUUUGUGGAUGGUGGGAAAGAAACUAAGACUGGAAUAGUGAUUGGAGGGUAUCAAAUGGAGGAUAGGAUAUUGGAGUUUGAUCUCAGCACUUCAAUACUCAGAUUCAGUAACUCUCUCCUGCUUCAUUACAAUGCAAGUUGUUCAAAUCCAUCAUCUUUAAAUUUUUAA